AUGUGCUUCAACCCGUUUGGUAUACAAGACGAGCGUACACCAUAUAAAUGUAUCAACACAAAAUGUGGUCGACACUUCUGUGAUCAAUGUGUAAAAUAUAUUCAAAUUUACAAUGCCAAUGUUCGCCAGUUCCGAUGCAUGUACUGUUUGAAGGAAUAUCGAAAAAACCAAGUGCCAAUAAAAGAUAUUUUACUCGCAGAACAGUUAUGGAAUGAAGCUGUAGUCAACUAUGGUAUCAAACGGACACGUCAGUUGUUGUCGAAUGAAUGUCAUGCUACUGAUUUGAAGUUUGAUAUCGAUUGUAGACAAAGACAUUUAUCAAAUUUAAUUAAUAUUCACAAGCGCUACUCUGAUUGGACAGAGUUUCCUGUAACAAGAGUCGAAGCUGAAAAUAUAGCUGAUCAACUGUCAAAAAUUGUUAAAUAUAUCAACGAAGAGACAAAUGCUCAAAUCGAUAUAUGUAAAAGUGUUUAUCGAAAUAGUAUCUCGACACCGGAUGAUGAUAACGAUGUUGGUUCGCACUAUAUUCGACUUUGUGAACGUUUGUUACUUGAAAUUACAAAUGCGGAAUUUCACAGCUUAUUUCCAAAUACGAAUGCCAUAUUUACCGAAUGGAUGCAUGAACCAGGAUCGGAUGAUAAGUUCCAACCAAAAAUUUUCGAUUUAAUCAAGACGAUUGAGCAAGAUCUUACAGAUUUAUGGUCGAGUACUCAUUUUAACGUUCGCACCAAAAUUGGAGUUGUGGGUUACACAAGUGUUGGGAAAAGUACUCUAGUGAAUCGUUUUCUCAAUGUGAGCUCCUUAAUAGAAAACGAAACAGCUCCAAUAUCCAUCGACAAAAGCACUUACUUUCCAUUGCAAUUCGACAGAGAAGAACCAUUAAUUCAUCCUGAUCAUCAAGACCGAAAAACAGCAGUCACAUUUGUCGACAUUCAAGGUCGUGACAAGAGCAAACUCAAUGAUCAUAGUCAAAGAGAAGCAGAUAGAUAUUUGCAUGAAAUUUUCAAAGCAGAUUGUGAUAUUUAUGUGAUCGUAUUUGACGACGAGCUUUGUGACGAACAACAUAAGUGGAUUGUUGACAUUGAACAGACGUUACACCGCAAAUGUAUUUUAGUGAGAUCGAAAGUAGACAAAUAUUAUUUGUCGAAAUUUUUGGAACUUUCUGAAGUAUUCUAUGCCCAAAGUACAGUCGAACAGCGUCAGCAGUUGGAUUCAAUUAUCUUACAACAAAUCCGACUAAAUAAUUCGGUCGACAAUCGAUUCGUUUAUCUAGUAGCACAGGACUAUCAACCAUCGACCAGUGAUGCCCAAUUGUUACUAAAAAACAAUUCGUUUGACAUGUUACUAUUGCUCUACGAGCUAAGUCGUUUGGCGUUCAAUGCUCACAAUAGUCGAAUUCACUCUUUAGCAAAACGGGCUGUAGCCCGUGUGAUCAAUAUAUGCUUCCGUCGUGACUAUGUGCUCAAUGUACUGAAAUAUCAGAUAGCCGCUGGAAUUGGGUCUAUCAUACCUUUCGGUGAACAGUAUCCUCGCUAUCUAUCACGAGAAGGUAUUAGAGAUGCGUUCGGCAUUGAUGAUGCUCUUCGUCAAUAUCUAAACCAGUACAAACUCAAAAUUGCUGGAUAUAAGUUGCAAACGUCAGUGUUCAAAGAUUGUGUUAAAGUUCAAGAGUUAGAGACUCACUGGAAAUCGAAGGCGAAAAUGGUUGGAAAAGCGGUUGACACUACAGCCGUAGCUGGUGGAGCAGCGGCUGCCGAUGAUAUUGUUCGAACGAUUGCACCUAUUACCACUGCUCUGUCUGGAGCAGCACGCAUCGCAGCGACGACUGCUACUCUUGGCAUCGCAAUAGUCAUUUCUGGUGGCGUAUGCGCUUGGUCGGCAAUCAGUAGUCUUCAACAUAUUUUCAGUUAUGUACAGCGAAUAUGUGAUGAUCUCAUUCAUGUGACCGAUCCGUUGAUUCACGCCAUCAUUUUACAAUUGGAAGCAGAGGUACCAAACCAUACUGUACCAAUUCCUGAAAAUCAUUCUUCUUAG